UGCUGCUGGUGGACGAUAUUUUACAUCUAUUGAAAGCUUGUAAGAACAGUGAGCUGUAAAAAUUGUACUAUCUUGUCAAACUAAUCUGCAACGUGUUGUCUCUCCGUUGACGCUCCGUGUAGAGGCGGAACUAUUAAAUCAUGUGAUGUGCUGUCGGGACAUCACAGCUGACGGAACAAAAUAAUGUUCAUUCUUCUACAAUGUAUUGACAUGUUUUUGUUAUAUCUUGCUUAAGAUGUAUUCUGCCGCAACGGAGAGUUUAAUAAAGCAGGCAAGAGAAAUAAAGGAAGAUGAGUUGCAGAAGUUUUAUAUACGAGUCUUCAAGCAGCUUCACGCCAAAGAUCUGGGCGGAGACACCGUGGACUCACUGCAGAGACUCCGUCUGAUACUUUCUGCCACCAAAUAUACCAGAGAAAUUCCAUCAGAUCUGGUGAUGAAGCUGCAGACAAUCCUGUGCUCUUCUGCCUGUCCAGAGCAGCUUCAUGUUUUGUCCUGCUCCAUACUCCGGGAGAUCUUUCUCAGUGUGUCCAGCCUCUCUAAUCUCAGUCAUGACCACAGGACCAUUAGCUAUGUGGCCAGUGUUGUUCUUUCUCAGGCUGGAAAUAAAGAGACGGUGUUGCCUCUAUGCCACCACUUGCUGAAAAGCUUGGAGUCUCGACUGUCUGAGGGCCAGAUCUCCAAACAUGCGCUUUCUAUAUUAUCCAGAAUUAUCAGUGUUUAUCCGGAUAUUCUUACAGAUGAUCAAGUGAAUCUUGUCAGUCGUAAGAUGGUGGAUUGGUUGCGAUAUGCAAGUAUGCAACAAGGAGCCUCUGUGUCCUCUGGGGGAUUUUUUAGUGCACCGAGAACACGUCAGCCAGCUCCAUUGACUGAGGUGGAUGGUGUGGUAACCGGGGAUUUCUUCACUGUGCUGUGUGUGGGUCAGAGCUACACCGAUGAUCAGUGGAUGAACAUGUACACGUUCUCCAUGAUCAGAAAUUGGCUGCUUACUUACGACACGGAUGGGACUUCAAAUGCUGAGACAGAUGAUCGCUCGGAGGUGGACAGUUCAGUGAUGUCCAUGGUGUCAGCGACAUCCUCCUCAAGCCGACUGCUUCCUCCCAAAGAAAGGCUGAGAGAGAAGGCGUUUGAGUACUGCCAGCGGCUCAUCGAGCAAAGCGACCGCAAGGCCUUGAAGAAGACAGAUACAGAGCUACAGAAAGCAUGUAUUGUUGAGGCGGUCUCUAUAAUGGACAUCAUCUGUGGCGAGGACCCGUCCUAUGUGUACCGUGCUUUUCCUUCCAUCAAAGCCCUGUACGGCAGACUGAAUGGAGAUCUGGCCUAUACCAGAGCACUGCUUCCCAUCGCUCAGUUCUACCUCAACCACAGUGAGAUGGCCGCGGUGGAUUCGGAGGCCGUGUUUCGUCAACUCUUUGGCCACUGUCCUGCCGAGCAGUUCAACGAGCCUAUGCUUGCCUUCGAAUUCACCCAGUUCUGCCUUCUCAAUGCCAGCACGCUGCAGACCAGAGUGACCGGCUACAGACAGAGCUUUCCCAACCUCCUGAAGUUCUUGGCUUGGAACAGCCCCGGGUUGAUUUCUGAAUUUGUAGAGCUACUGCCAUCAUUGGUAGCUCCCGAUACAGCCAUUGAGUUAUUGCACACCAUCCUGGAUCUGCCCUGCUUAGCAGCAGCCUUGGACCUUCAGCACAGGUCAGCUUUCUAUCAAACCUCGUGGGACCAGCAGGGGGCGAAAGUGGCUGCUUGUCUGGAUGCCUUCCGCCAGCCAUCACACAGAGGUCUGUUUCUGUACAUCCUCAGACCGGAGGCCGGGACUGGAGACACUAUAGACAGGUUGAAAAUGCUUCACGAGAUCUUAGGUGACAUGGCAGAAAUUCCACGAGUUGUACGGUGCGCUCAGGUUAUCCCGGUGCUUCUCCAUGUGUAUUUCAACACUGUCACACAGAUGGCAGAUCAGAAACUGAUGAACCAGCUGAUGCUGGUGCUGCUUGAGAGAAGCAGUCUGCUGUACAACAUCAAGACAUUCAAUGCUGAAGUUCAAAGGGUGUUCAGCACUCACUUGCAGACCUUGUGUAAACUCUACCCUCCACUGAUCGUGGAUCAGUCCAGAGAGCUUCUGGAUUUCGCUGGUUCCCCUUCAAACAUUUACAGUAAAGAAGACUUUUAUACUCAUGUGGUGUGGGUCAUCGGUGAGUAUCUGUCUGUUUCAUACGACCCCCGCUGCAGCGUCGAGCUCAUCACCUCUUUUUUCGAGAGUUUGGAGGCGGUGCUGUUUGAGAUCACGCAGGUGCGACAGUCAGCCAGCCCCCCGAGUUUCUCCCCUCGACUCAUCACAGUGCUCAUGACCACAUUGGCGAAACUGGCCACACGAAGUCAGGACCUCAUCCCCAGGGCGUCGCUCUUCCUGUCUAAGAUGCGUCUGUUCGCUCGCAGUGCUCCUGUGAUUUCCUGCUACAGCGAGGAGGACACUGAGGAGAUCAUCACUCGAGCCCAUGAACUCAUUAAUCUACUCAAGUUACCAAAUGUAGCUCAGUUUGUGUUAGCCCCUGCAGCGGGAGUGGACGGCCCCCGCUGGCACAGGGACACCAACACCUCAUUGCCUCAGAGCAUGAGAACAGUCAGCACACUUCUCCAAAGACACUCAAGCUUACUGCCCACAUAAAUCCUGACUUCUGGAUUAUACUGAGAGACAUUAUAUCUGAAAGACGGAGGAAGAGACGACAUGAGAAACUAAAAAUGCUAAGCACAGCGACUGAACACGAGUUUCAGUUCUGCUUGUCUUCUGGAGAUUGAGACAAACAGGAGGCAGGAUUUGUAAUCAAGUUUUUUUUUCUUGAUUUAUUGAUAUGAUUGUCAGAGAAUUGUCAAUAAAAUUUAAACAUUG